AUGGUAACGUACACACCGGAUAACUACAAAAACAGCGGGGUGGGAAGGACCUUUAUUCACUCCCACAUCGCUUCUUCAACGGACGGAUUGGGACAAUCGAUGAUGAAGCUGUUAGUGUUCCUGUGUGCCGUGGCCCUGGCAAGUGCUAGGAGGUUCCACAUCCCCAUCUCCGAGCGUGGCGCGCGGUUCCAGGAGACGGUGGAGGUGGGCGGCGGGUACCGGCUGGCGGAGGUUCCUGCGCACAACAACCGGGACCAUAUCAGGGUCCUCACCAGCCAAAGGAUGGGCGAAACCAUGUACUGCCUGCCGGAGAGGGGUGUUUGUUUCCUGAUGGCCACGGCACAGCGCGGAGGGGAGGGGCAGGACGGCGCGCUGGAGACGGAACUGUCACAACUAGAGCGUACCGGCCUAGUGGCAGAGACGGACACCGUGACCGUGCAGAACGACUGGGUGGUGCUGGAGCAGAACAUGGACCGCAGCGCUCUGUCCGACCCGCGCAUGCGCAGAUUCCACCAGGACCUGCCGCUGCACCGCGUGGACAAGCUGACAGGGGGCGCUGAUUUCCUCACGGAGACGUCAGAUGCUGCUCCUGCCUCCAAGCGGCAGCUGAUAUCAGGUUCCUGCCGGAAUGACGCAGCUCCGCAGCGGAAGUAUGCGGCCACCAGCCCGACCGGCUGUGGGUACGGGUACGAGUACCUGGUGUACUGUGCUGGGCAGAACAGCCAAUACAGCGACUGUCCUCGCUACCAUGUCACUGACUACUUCUUCAUGACCUGCCUGUGCUGCCCGGAGCACACGGCUAAGGAGCAGUGUCUGUACUGCACACAGCUGUCCUGUAGUGGUUACUACGACAACACGGGCGUCUGCUGAGCAGAAUCUGUCUGUCUGUCCCGAGCCUGAGUGCAGUCUCAACAAU